AUAUCAAAAUGGCAGCCUCCAUAAGGAUCACGCUUUUAAAAUCUUUGCGUAAUAUUCCUUUUAAAUCUACCUAUUCGUAUUCUAGACUGUCAACGAAACAUGUUUUCCUCCAACAGAAAGUUCAAGCUCGAUGUGCUCUACACACAUGUAGCUACUUAUGUUCCCAAUCGCAGCAAGAACCUGCAAGUGAUCCAGACUAUCAUACUAUUAUUACAGAUUCUGAGAAGUUUCAAGGGACACCGGAAAAGUUGCAAUUUCAAGCUGAGACACGUAUGUUACUUGACAUUGUAGCUAAAUCUCUAUAUUCUGAAAAAGAAGUUUUUGUCCGUGAAUUGAUCUCCAAUGCUAGUGAUGCUUUGGAGAAGCUGCGCUAUGCGCAGUUGACAAGUGAACAAUCUGGUGUGGCUCUUGAUCGUCCUCAUGAAAUCCAUAUUGCUACAGAUAAACAAGCUAGAGUUUUUACCAUUCAGGAUACUGGUAUUGGGAUGACUAAAGAAGAAAUGAUAAGCAGUCUUGGAACAAUAGCACGAUCAGGAUCUAAAGCAUUUUUAGAAGAAGUAAAGAGAAAUGAAUCAACCAGUUGUGCUGUAAAUAAAAUUAUUGGGCAGUUUGGUGUUGGCUUUUACUCUACAUUUAUGGUUGCUGACAAAGUUGAAGUCUAUUCCAUGUCUCACAAACCAAAUUCAAAAGCAUACAGAUGGGUAUCAGAUGGGUCUGGAUCAUAUGAAAUAAUGGAGGCAGAUGGAGUACAGCCUGGAACUAAAAUUGUAGUUCAUUUAAAAUCAGACUGCAGAGAGUUUGCUGACGAAGGAACUAUAAAUGAUAUAAUUCAAAAGUACAGCAAUUUUGUUAGCAGUCCCAUUUUUGUUAAUGGAAAAAGGGCAAACAAAGUUCAGGCUGUUUGGUUAAUGGAUCCUAAAGAAACAACGCAAGAAAUGCAUAAUGAGUUUUUCCGUUACAUUGCUAAUUCUUAUGAUCUACCCAGAUAUUGUCUUCAUUACAAGACUGAUUCUCCAAUCAAUCUAAGAUGUUUACUGUAUAUACCAGAAGGCAAACCUGGUCUGUUUGAAAUGAGCAGAGAGGUUGAAUUAGGUAUAGCUUUAUAUAGUCAAAGAGUUUUAAUAAAGAGUAAGGCUGACAUUCUGCCGAAAUGGUUACGUUUUGUUCGAGGUGUGAUUGACAGUGAAGACAUUCCACUUAAUCUUAGUCGAGAACUUUUGCAAGAUAGUGCUCUCAUUAGGAAGAUUUCCACUAUGAUUACCAAUAAGUUAUUGCGAUAUUUGCUUGACCAGAUGAAGAAAGACCCAGAAACAUAUUUGCAAUUCCAUAAUGACUAUAGUAUAUUUUUAAAAGAAGGAAUUUUAUCUAUCAGUGAUCAAGUUCAAAAAGAAGAAAUAGCAAAGUUAUUGCUGUUUGAAUCUUCUUUGCAAGCACCAGAAAAAAAAGUUAGUCUUGCUGAAUAUGUUACUCGAAUGAAAGAAGGCCAAAAGGAUAUUUACUUCUUAGCAGCUCCCAGUCGGCAUCUGGCAGAAGUAUCACCAUAUUUUGAAGCUGUAAAACAAAAAGAUGUGGAAGUCCUUUUCUGCUAUGAGCCAUAUGAUGAACUUGUUUUAUUCCAGUUAAGACAGUUUGACUUCAAAAAUAUUAUUUCUGUUGAAAAGGAAAUGCGUAGAGAAAAAGAAGACACGUCUGUUGAUGAUUUAGGUCAGGAUGCUUUACCUAAAGAAGCUGCAGAUAGUUUGUUGAAGUGGUUAUCCAACACCCUAGGAUCUAAAGUACAUAAAAUAAAAGUAACAAAAAGAUUAUCAACUCAUCCUUGUUUAAUAUCUGUUGAAGAAAUGUCAGCAGCACGCCAUUAUGUUCGAACGUCACUGCAAACAAUGACUGAAGAGCAACGUUAUAAAAUUUUAGAGCCUACAUUAGAGUUAAAUUUAAGUCAUCCAAUCAUCAAGAAAAUGAAUUCCUUACAAAACAGCAAUCCAAAAUUGGCUGAGUUACUUGCUCAUCAGGUAUUUGAUGCUGCAAUGGUUUCAGCUGGAUUAGUAGAUGAUCCACGUAAAGUAACUACAAAUCUCAAUGAACUGUUAACCAUGCUUUUGGAAAAGUAUUAGUACUGUAUUCAUAAAUCAAUUUUGCCAACUAACUUCAACUUACGAAGUGCUUUAUUAUUUAGAUGCAACAAUCUGAGUUUUAAAUAAAAUCCUAUCAAAUUGUUACUUAAAGUCAUUUAAUAGUAAAUACUUGAUCAUUGCACUUCCUGGGCCACACAGGAUUUUUCAUUGUUAAUGUUCUCAUAGACAACUACAUUUAUUGCUGUAUUGAGCACAGGGCUAGAAAAAUCUUUAAAAUUUUACAUGCCAUACCAGGCAUGUUUGUCUAAAAAAUACAUGCCUGUAUGAAAGUUUUACUUGUCCACUUUUUAUUUUAUUAUAUAAUAAUAAAAAUAUUUGAAUUUGUCAUGUAG